AUGAGUGAGAUGGUUGUGAGGAAUCAUCAAGGAGGUGUGGCUGUGGAAGUUGGUGGUGAGGAAGGUUAUGCAGUGCGUAAUGCUCGAAAAAAAGAGUUAGUUGAAGUUCCUUGGAAAGGAGCCCCAACCAUGGCUCAUCUGUUUGCGCAAUCCUGUGAAAAAUACAGCCACAAUCCAUUUCUUGGAACAAGAAAAUUACUGCAAAAGGAGUUUGUUACAUCUGGUGAUGGCAGAAGGUUUGAGAAGGUUCACUUGGGACACUAUGAAUGGAAAACCUAUGGAGAGGUGUUUGCUUGUGUGUGCAAUUUUGCAUCUGGAAUUAUGAAAUUAGGGCACAGUGUAGAUAGCCGUGUUGCCAUUUUCUCUGAUACAAGAGCUGAGUGGCUCAUUGCCCUUCAGGGUUGCUUCAGGCAGAAUGUCACAGUUGUUACCAUUUAUGCUACACUUGGUGAAGAUGCCCUGGUCCAUUCACUAAACGAGACUGAAGUAUCUACUCUGAUAUGCGAGUCCAAGUUGUUGAAGAAGUUGGAUGCAAUAAGAUCAAGACUAGUCUCUAUCCAAAAUGUAAUUUACUUUGAAGAUGAUAGCAGUGAAGAAGAUGCUUUCUCAGGAAGUUUGAGCAACUGGCAAAUUGCAUCUUUUAGUGAAGUUGAGAAACUUGGUAAAGAAAAUCCUGUUGAACCAAACUUGCCUUCCAAGAAUGCUAUUGCGGUUAUCAUGUACACAAGUGGCAGUACAGGUCUGCCAAAGGGUGUUAUGAUUACUCAUGGGAACAUUGUCGCCACAACCGCGGCUGUUAUGACAGUGAUUCCAAAUUUGGGUAGCAAGGAUGUGUACAUGGCAUACUUGCCCCUUGCUCAUGUUUUUGAAAUGGCAGCAGAGUGUGUUAUGCUAAGUGUAGGUUGUGCCAUCGGUUACAGCUCUAUUCUGACUUUGACUGACUCAUCCAGUAAAAUCAAGAAAGGAACCAGGGGAGAUGCCAAUGUGUUAAAGCCCACCCUUUUGGCAGCUGUACCUGCUAUUAUUGAUCGUAUUCGAGAUGGAGUUGUAAAAAAGGGACUCAACACUGUAAAAUAG